AUGGACGACGACGACGUCGAAGACCUGCGCGUCGAGGCGGUGGUGGUGGACUACUACAUGAACAGUCCACUACCUGCCGGGGCCAUCGAGAAGCUUCCUGCAUCUCCUUGUUAUCUCCGCGCUCGCGAGGUUCCAGUCGUGCGUAUCUUCGGCGCUACACCCGCCGGACAAAAGGCUCUCGUGCACGUCCAUGGAAUCUUCCCUUACUUCUACUUCCGAGCUGAAGACGACCCGGAUUUCGAGGAUCCGGAGCGUUUGCGGGCGUUACUGCCUCGAUUGGCAAAGGACAUUGAGGCUGCCAACGCCUCAAAACAGCAGCAAAACCGGCAAAACAAUGGGAACUCAACCGCAAGAUAUAACCCCAGUAGGAUCAUCGCCAAGGUCUUUGCGGAUUACAACAUUGAAGGGAUGAACAGCGUAGCUUUCAGCAACGUGAAGUUUCGCUUUCCCCUUCCAGUGACGCAGAAGCAUCUGGCCCACGUUUCAGACGAGUGUCGCUCCAUCCUACUUUCGACCGUCCCGGCGGACAAGAUCAGCGGCUUGGACACAACCAAUUCGUUACCGACUGGACGAUCUGCUCCAGUUCCUCCAGCUCCAAAGCAGUGGUUUGAUCGACAAUCCAGUUGCGCGCUGGAAGCAGACGCUGCAGCUGCAAGUAUUUUAAAUCCGAAGCGUUUUGAGACCCAACAGAGAGCGGCAGAAGGCACAGGAGAGCUCCGGAAUGUGCCGUCGCUGGCGGCUAUUUGGGAGGAAGAAAGAUUACGGCGCAUCCAAAAUGGGGAAAGAGGGACCUGGAUGGUUUCAUUGAGUCUCGAGCGGAACGAGGAUGGACCUAGAAGUUUUCAAGAGAGUGCGACGCCAGCCCAAUCGGCAUCAUCGCUUUUAUCCCAGUCUUUUUUCAAGAAAAAGAUGCAGGACUCCGUCGAUGCCGUAAUGAAGGAGAUGGAGAAGCAAGCGGAAGGAAAGGUGGUUGAAAGACGUUCUUCCGGCCUUUAUGAACCUUUGUCUGCAGGUGACGUAAUGUCGUGUGGUAACUCAUUCGCCGCUGAGAGUGAUUUUUCCUAUAGCCAAGCGGAGCAUGAUGGUAAACGCGAUUCUGACCAGGAAUCAGCCGAGGAGGAUGAAGCGAUUGUAAAUAUUUUGCUGGAAAUGCAGCAAGAAAGUGAACCCGUUCAUAGUGAGUGGGAUGGUAAAGAAGAGCAUGACGGGUACCACACGCCAGACGACGAUUAUGAUGACGAAGACAAUGCCAGCAAAUGGGAGAAUCGAAAUGAUGAAAUAGGCGACAUUUUGGCGUCCCAGCAUCUCGUUGAAGAGCACGUUGAAAACGAAGCUCCUGGAUCGCCACAAGGUAACGGGUGGUGGGAUAUCGCUGAAUCUCGACCAAUUGCAAGUCCACUUAGUGAACUCGGCAGUCCUCGGGUUGUCCUUCACACACCGCAAGAGAGGCUACAUAAGCCGCCCACGAAUGCAGCACGCUCUAUCCGCUUUGGAUGCAGCCCUGAAGAUUUACCCUUGGUAGGUGAUAUCGAAGACCUACUUCCACCGCGUCCUCAAGAGUCGGUACCGCUAACUCCUCAAGAAGAAUCAGACCCCGUGGAUCGCCUCCAACUUUCUCUUACACCGCACCCACAGCCGCUUCGAGCAAAACCGAGGGUUCAAGCACCCGCCGUGGGCAAUAAUCGACUGUGGUUAUUUAGCCCCGAGCCCCCCACGUUGGCUCAGGUUCUAGCGUCGUCACAAAACCUCGGAGUGGACCCGAUACAGUAUAAACCCGCCUUUUUCAGCAACUCUGCCGAUAUCCCGGAGAAAGCGAUGGUGUUCGGCGGCAAAAAAUUCGAUUUUACACCGCAGCACCCGAGUAAUAUGCUGGUAUUUGAUACCACUGCUGCACGACAGCUUUUGAACCCUCUCAGCAGCAAUGAUAGUAAGGGCGGCGUCAGCGGUGAAUCGUGGUUUAAGCUUUCCCAGCUAAAGGCCCCAAAUUCCGCUCGAUGUAGAGGAGAGAAGGUGCGGCGCAAACGUGGUCGGCCAUCACUUACGUCAACGGCAUCACAGUCGAUCAAGGCGACUUCCUCCACGGUUCUCUCAAACGUGACGAUCUUGUCGAUCGAGAUAUUCGCUGCAUCACGAGGCAGUAUGCUCCCAAAUCCACUCCACGAUCCUGUGAAUGUGAUAUGCUACGCUGUGGAGGCACAAGAGGGGCCCACGAACUCAAAGACACAAGAAAGGGGCUUCCUCUUCUGGAAACCAGAGGAUAUGGAGCAAACGGCUCUCAGCAGCGCGGGUUUAUGCGUGGACAGCAGUGAAAUAUCGGUGUCAAUUGCUUCGGAUGAACGUGACCUCUUCCGCUCACUGGAGGCGUUGGUAAACCUCAUACAAACGCUGUCUCGGCUUCCGUUAGCACCGAUAGAUCCUCGAAAUGUGACUACGGUGCCCGAUCAAGAAGGAGACAGCCAGAAGGAAGCAUCUAUCGGUACAACUUGGGGCGUGAAUAAGGCUGCUGGGUUAUGGCUUCACGGAAGAUACAUUCUGAACUUGUGGCGUAUGACGCGUUCAGAGCUUAAAUUAUCGCGCUACGCUCUUGAAGACGUUGUGUGGGCCGUUCUAAAGCGAACAUAUCCAGUGUACUCAGCUGAUCAAUUAACUACGUGGUUUCGCGAAGGUGGUCAAAUGAGGUGGAAGGUCAUUCGGUACUUCCUGGAGCGAGCAACUCUUAACCUCCAAAUCCUUUCCAAAAUGCAGUUGAUCACAAGAACCAGCUUGCUUGGUCGGCUAAAGGAUGGCUUGAAUCCAGAGUUGGAGGCUUCACUUGGUGUUAUCGACUACUCUCCAAGCGCCUCAGGUCUUCUGCAGUGUAAAGAUGAUAUUAUCAUCGCCCCGAACGGUGCACUAUUUUGCCCGAAAAGCCAUCGCCAUGGCGUUCUACCGCUUAUACUGGACGAGAUUUUAUCGACUCGAAUUAUGGUGAAAAAGUCGAUGAAGACGGCGAAGGAAUGCAACCAGGAGCGGCUGGAGAAGGUUUUGAAUGCUCGGCAGCUGGCGCUGAAAAUGAUCUCAAACGUGACGUACGGAUACACCGCUGCAGGGUUCUCAGGUCGAAUGCCUUGCGCUCAACUGGCCGAUGCAAUUGUUCAGCUGGAAAAGGUUUACAUGGGCUGCGUCCUCGUAUCGAAGAAGCGGUAUGUGGGCAACAAGUUUGAAUCUCCGACUCAAGAAGUGGGCAUCAUCGAAUCGAAAGGGCUCGAGACAGUUCGACGAGACUCUUGCGGAGUUGUUCAGCACGCUAUGCAAACGUCUCUCGAGAUACUUUUUGCGUCUUCCGACUUGUCCAAGGUGAAGCAGGGAAUGGAGAAAUACUGGCUUCAGAUUCUAGAGAACCGAGUACCGCUGAAAGACUUCAUCUUCGCCAAAGAAGUGCGUUUGGGGACGUACAGCAACGGAAGUGCCCCUCCUGCAGCCCUCGUCAGCACCAAAGCCAUGGGCAGAGACCCUCGCGCAGAACCUCGAUAUGCGGAACGUGUACCCUACGUGGUGGUCAAUGGGCCACCAGGCGCAAGGCUUAUGGACUUGGUUGUGUCACCCGACGAGUACUUUGACAAGCGGAAGCGAUACAGCGUCAACCACCACUACUACAUCAACAAACAGGUUCGAACAUUUCUGCUCGGGCAUCAAUGUGGAAAGCCAUCAAAACUAACUAUUGUUUGCUGUAGAUCAUCCCGAGUCUCGAGCGGUUGUUCCUGCUGA